AUGGUGCUGCCGGAGCUCUAUCGAUCCCCGAACGACCUGCCCAGGGCCGCAGCUCCAGGGCCUUGGGGCUCCACCGGGCGCUGGGCCACCUGCGCCCGCGCCCCCUGGGGCGGCCCGGCGCCCGGCUCGCUGCUGCGCCCGCGGGGCCGAGCCGGGCAGUCCUGGAGCUUCCAGAACCAGCCCCCUCCCCGCUGCAGGUAUGGGCAGCCAAAGCGAUCUGCUAAAGAGGGGCUCACCCGCUUGGCUCCACGGGGCCAGCGGCUUGCCCCGCGGAUGGACUUCUGGACACACUCGGCCGUUAGGGGAGAGGUGCUGGCUGGUUGGUGGGCAUCAGCCCUAGCAGCACGCGUGGGCGGCGCCGGCGGCGGCGUUGUCACUGCGGUUGACAAGCCCCUAGAGAGACAGUCCCCGCCGCCCGCCAGCCGCGGGCGGGGCUUGGGGGCCGGCGCGGGAGCGGAGCUGUCCCCGGGCAGCCGGAGGCACGUCCCCCGAGGUCGCCAGCGGCGGCGCGGCGGAGGCGCCAGGCGCGUCCAGGAAGUCUGGGCGGCCAUCCGCCCGCAGCUGCCCCCGGGCAUGUGCCCCAGCCAAUCGCGGCCACGCGCCUGCGGCUCGCCCCCGCCCCCCCCACCCCGCCCCGCCUCACACCCCUGGGCCCCGAGGCCGCGCCGCUUAACCCUUCUCUUCCCGGCCCUCCGGCCUGGCCUGGCGCGCAGGUACCAGGCGAUUCCGCUGGACCCAGGCCCGAGUCCGGCCUGCAGAGCCUGGGUGUCCCUGGCUUUGGUUCUGCCGCCCGGGCAGAGGUCCCAGUGA